UUCUCCAUGUUUUUAACUUGAGUAAAAAUCAGUUUGGUUUUGAACCCAAACGAUAAACUUGAACAUUUAAACAGGUUUUAUGGUUUUUGCUCCGUCUGAUAGAAGAGAAUAAAACUCCCAGAGUUCCUUGCUGCUGCUGCAGGCUUUUCCUUUAUAAGGCAGCGCUGAGGAAGACGAGAUGCUUCCUCACAUUGUUAAGUCCUGACGACAGACAGGCCUGGAGAAACUCUGGAACCAGAGAGGCAGACAGACGGAGCGCUAACCCCGUUAGCUUCCUUCAGUGUUUUAUUGAUCAUAGAUCAGAAACUGAUCAGCCGUUAAUCUGAAGCAUGAAGGUGGAAAAUAAACCUGAAAUUCUCCUUUAGCGUGAAAAAACAGGAGAGUUUCUGGAGGAAGUGAGGAGGAGUUUGGUAGUUUGGUAGUUUUAUUGUUAAAUGAAUAAAAGCUGCUGUCAUGUGACUGAUAUCAUGUCGGCCAUGUUUCCCUCUGGAGCCUUUCGGACCGCAGGAGGAGCUGCGGCGGGCUGGUUUGGCCCCAGGGCCUCCAGUUUGGCCUGAAUGUGAGGAAGAGGAGAGGCGAUGAAGAGCUGAUGUCAUCAGGAGGCUGGAGGCGGGGCCAGAGGGGGUAAGUAGAAAUACCCCGGGGCGGUUGGUCCCUCUCAGAGCUCCAGCUGCAGCGCCUCCAUCAUGGCCUCCUUCUCCUCCUCCGCCCGCUCCGCCUCCUCCUACCGCCGCACCUUUGGCCACGGCUCCUACGCCUCGCCGUCCCUCAACCGCUCCUUCCUGGGCCCCGCCGCCGCCGGAGGGGCCCACGUGACCUCCAGGGUGUACGAGGUGACCCGCGGCACCGCGGCGCCGGCCUACCGCCCCCUGGGGUCCGCCGGGUCCCUGGGGGCCGCCCGGCCGUUGGCGGGGCGCUACGGCGGCCUGGGGGAGACGCUGGACUUCAGCCUGGCGGACGCCCUCAACCAGGAGUUCCUCGCCACGCGGACCAACGAGAAGGCGGAGCUGCAGCACCUGAACGACCGCUUCGCCAGCUACAUCGAGAAGGUCCGCUUCCUGGAGACGCAGAACCAGGCGCUGGUUCUGGAGGUCCAGCGGCUCCGGGACCGGGAGACCCCACGCAUCGCCGACCUCUACCAGGACGAGAUGAACGAGCUGCGCCGGCAGGUGGAGGUCCUGACCAAUCACAGGGCCCGGCUGGAGGUGGAGAGGGACAACCUGGCCGACGACCUGGACAAGGUCAAGAUCAGGCUGCAGGAGGAGAUCCUCCAGAAGGAAGAAGCUGAGAACAGCCUGGCUGCGUUCAGAGCUGACGUGGACGCCGCCACUCUGGCCCGUCUGGACCUGGAGAGACGCAUCGAGACGCUGCAGGAGGAGAUCGCCUUCCUCAAGCGGAUCCACGAAGAGGAGAUCCGGGAGCUGCAGAACCAGAUGCAGGAGACGCAGGUCCAGGUCCAGAUGGACAUGUCCAAGCCGGACCUGACGGCGGCGCUGAGGGACAUCCGGGCCCAGUACGAGGGCAUCGCCGCCAAGAACAUCGCCGAGGCUGAAGAGUGGUACAAGUCCAAGGUUUCGGACCUGAACCAGGCCGUCAGUAAGAACAACCAGGCACUGCAGCAGGCCCGCCAGGAGACGCUGGAGUUCAGGCACCAGAUCCAGGCCUACACCUGCGAGAUCGACUCCCUUAAAGGGACGAACGAGUCCCUGCUGAGGCAGAUGCGGGACAUGGAGGAGCGCCACGGGCGCGAAGCGGGCGGCUUCCAGAACACGGUGGCCCGGCUGGAGGCCGAAAUCGCCACCAUGAAGGACGAGAUGGCGCGCCACCUGAGGGAGUACCAGGACCUGCUGAACGUCAAGAUGGCGCUGGACGUGGAGAUCGCCACCUACAGGAAGCUGCUGGAAGGCGAGGAGAGCAGGAUCGCCCUGCCCAUGCAGAGCUUCUCCACACUGAGCUUCAGAGAAACCAACCCAGAACCGCCACAUCGCUCCGCAGAGACCCAUUCCAAGAAAACGGUUCUGAUCAAGACCAUCGAGACCCGAGACGGAGAGGUGGUCAGCGAGUCGACGCAGCACCAGCAGGACAUCAUGUGAGGACCUGAGGGAGGACAGACGACUCGCCGCUCCGCAGCGCUCUGACCAACUCAAAUAAUAAAACCAAGCUAAACACAGCAUUAGCAUUAGCAUUAGCCUGCGCUGAGUUCAUCCUGCAGUGAAACGAUUCAUUUUUCUCUGGUGAAUUUCCAUAAGAAAACAAUCUGAGAAACGUGACAGGAACAUCCGCUAAUAAUCCGAAAGUUAUUUACUGAUAUGAGAUUCAAAUAUGUAAUAACAACGAUUUCUAUAGGAAAAGGUUGAAAUGAUUGUUAAAGAAAAUAUUAGCAUUUUAAGGAUAUUAGCCUCAAAUAAUAAUUCAUCCUAGCUACUUUAAUAUUUAAUAUUUUAUUUCAUAAACAUCAGUUUAUGGUUCCUGUUAGUUUAAUGAUCAGAUUUCCAUCCAUUAUUAAACGAAAAUGUUGUCGUUAAACUGGCAACUAAACGUGAUUAAUUAUGGAGCAUCAAAAGUGCCACAAUCCAUUCAUUUCUUAAAAUAUAUGUUAAUAUCUGUGAUCUUUUAAUAAGACAAUAAAAAUGGAGAAAUGUCAAUAAUUAAAGAAUAUAAACAUUUGAUUCAAUAGUUAUUCAUUAUUUUUUGAACUUCAUUAUCCAAUAUUUCAUGAAAUACAUAAAACUAACAUCAACAUCUGAUUGGUUGACCUGAAUACCA